CACAGAGACAGAGAGAAACCCUAGUGUAGGAAGCAGCGGCAGAGAAAGAAGAUGAAGUUCAAUCCGCGAGUGUCGAGCAGCCGCCGCAAGAGCCGUAAGGCUCAUUUCACGGCGCCGUCGAGCGUGAGGCGCGUUCUGAUGAGCGCGCCGCUGUCUACAGACCUGAGGUCGAAGUACAACGUGCGGUCGUUGCCGGUAAGGAAGGAGGACGAGGUGCAAGUGGUGCGUGGGACAUACAAGGGGCGUGAGGGGAAGGUGACGCAGGUUUACAGGCGCAAGUGGGUGAUCCACAUCGAGCGCAUAACCCGCGAGAAGGUGAACGGUUCAACCGUUAACGUGGGGAUCCACCCUUCGAAGGUGGUGAUCACGAAGAUCAGGCUCGAUAAGGAUCGCAAGGCCCUUCUCGACCGCAAGGCGAAGGGACGCGCCGCCGCUGAUAAGGAGAAGGGCACCAAGUUCGCUCCUGAGGAUAUCAUGCAGACCGUUGAUUAGUCUUUCUUUCCUUCGUUGCGGUUCAUUUACUGAUAUAAAUAUAUGAGACUUUGAGGGUUUUGUAAUCAUUUUGGAUCUUAACUAUUCACAUGCAGGCCUUGAUUUUGUUAUGGUUUAAUUUAAUUUUGAUUUUGUUUGCGCUUCUGAAUCCUGUAGAUUACGAUUAUGCUAAUCGGUAAUUGUUUUUGUGGUAAUGGUAUCUUUAUGCUUAGUUAAACCCUAGUCCUAAGUUUGUAUGUGUUAAUGUUGUCUUGGA